GGAGAGUUUGGAAGUUGUCAUUGUGCUGGCCAUCAUUCUGCAAUUCCUGACCAAGAUGAAACAAGACGGACUGCUGGAGGAAUCCUUGUACUACAAGUUUCGUCGCGAGGUGUGGGUCGGUGCGGGCUUGGGCUUCGCCCUGUGUCUGGCCUUUGGUAUCGGCUUUUUGGCGCUGGCGUCGCUGGCGUACAACUUGUUCGAGGGCGACAACGAGCGCAUCUUCCAGUUCUGCAUGAUGAUGUUGACCUCAUUUGUGCUCACCUUUCUGGCGGUCAACUUCUACAAGAUGAUCUUCACCAAGGAAGCCCACGAGCGAAAGAUGAAGAAGCAGAUGGAAGAAACCCUGGAAGCCACCCGUGAAGCGCGCACAAUGCAGGUGGGCUUCGGCAAGAAACACGCCUUCUUCGUCUUGGCCUUCACCACGGGUCUCCGCGAGGGCUUGGAAUCCAUCGUCUUCCUGGUGGGCGUCAUCUCGGAUGUGAAGGACUUGAGUUCCCUGCCCAUUCCCAUCAUCAGCGCCCUGAUCUUGUCGCGCCUCGUGGGCUGUUGCUUCUUCCAAGGCACCAAGAAGGUGCGCGUGGAUUGGUUCAUGCGCGGCUCCGCCAUCCUUCUGAUGUUCAUCGCCGCGGGCUUCUUCAGUGCUUCAAUGCACCAGCUCCAGGAACUGGACGUCUUUGGCGUGUGGAGUCCACGGGUGGACCGGCCCUGGCAGAAUCGCCACGUCUGGGAUGCCAGGGAGUGCUGCAAUGACAAGACCAACCGCUUCUUCGUGUUGAUGCGUGCCCUCUUUGGAUGGCAGGAUCAGGCCACGCCCAUCGAGAUCUUCGCCUGGCUACUCUACUGGCUCAUCGGAAUGCUCCUGGUGGGCUGCAUGAUUCACCGCGCCAAGAAACAGCUGAAGAAGAUGACGGAGGAGUGGCGCAAACAGGACGAAACCGCAGCCAAUGCGGCCAGCGCUGCGGCCAGUGGUGCGGCCAGCGGUGUGGCCAUUGGUGCCAAAGAGGAACCGGAGGUGGGCCUCUGAAACGGCGGCGCGUCGUUCCGCCGCGGCGUAGUUCGGUGAUCCCGAACAGUGCCAGGGUGGCCGUGAUUUUUUGAAUGGUGGCAGCAAAAUUCCACCAAGUCAUCCCUGGUGAUGCGGUGGGUGAAGCUGUUGAAACUGACAUUCUUGUCAUCCACCACUUGUGAAGAACUGCGGGAUCCCCCGGGUUGAGACAAGAGAUUCCAAGAUCCCUUCGAUCCUAGGAUCCAAGGUGUUGUUUGACGACAUUCCAGGUGUGUUUUUCUGUUGUGCCAUGGCUGCCAUGGUCAACAGUCAACACACUUAUAAAUCUCGAAGGAAAUAUUCAUGCAUA